AUGGAUUCUCUGGUCCUGUGGCUGUGUGCUGUUUUCUGCCUGGUGGCUCACUCAGUUUCUGGAAGCCCCAUCUUGGGCCUUGAGCAGUCACCUCUGGAAGAAGAUAUGCCCUUCUUCGAUGAUGUCUUCUCAGAGCAAGAUGGUGUUGACUUUAACACACUGCUGCAGAGCAUGAAGGAUGAGUUCCUUAAGACAUUGAACCUGUCUGACAUCCCUAUGCAGGACUCAGCCAAGGUAGACCCACCAGAGUACAUGCUGGAGCUCUACAACAAAUUUGCCACAGACCGGACCUCCAUGCCCUCUGCCAACAUCAUCAGGAGUUUCAAAAAUGAAGAUCUGUUUUCUCAACCUGCCAGUUUUAAUGGGCUCCGAAAAUACCCUCUCCUCUUCAACGUGUCCAUCCCUCACCAUGAAGAGGUCAUCAUGGCUGAACUCAGGUUGUACACGCUGGUGCAAAGAGAUCGCAUGAUAUAUGAUGGAGUGGACCGGAAAAUUACCAUUUUUGAAGUACUGGAGAGUGAAGGGGAAAAUGAGGCUGAAAGAAAUAUGCUGGUCCUAGUGUCAGGGGAGAUCUAUGGAACCAACAGCGAGUGGGAGACAUUCGAUGUCACAGAUGCCAUCAGACGCUGGCAAAAGUCAGGCUCAUCCACCCAUCAGCUGGAGGUCCACAUUGAGAGCAGACAUGACCAAAUUGAAGACGCCAGAAGGGGGCAGCUGGAAAUAGACACCAGUGCCCAGAAUAAGCAUGACCCUUUGCUUGUUGUGUUUUCUGAUGACCAAAGCAGUGACAAGGAGCGGAAGGAGGAAUUGAAUGAAAUGAUCGCCCAUGAGCAAAUUCCAGAGUUGGAUAACCUGGACCUGGAUGGUUUCUCCAGUGGACCUGGGGAAGAGGCUUUGCUGCAGAUGAGGUCGAACAUCAUCUAUGAUUCCACUGCCCGAAUCAGAAGGAACGCCAAAGGAAACUACUGCAAGAGGACCCCGCUCUACAUUGACUUCAAGGAGAUUGGCUGGGACUCCUGGAUCAUCGCUCCCCCGGGAUACGAAGCCUAUGAAUGCCGCGGUGUUUGUAACUACCCCCUGGCAGAGCAUCUCACACCCACAAAGCAUGCAAUUAUUCAAGCCCUGGUCCACCUCAAGAAUUCCCAGAAAGCUUCCAAAGCCUGCUGCGUGCCCACCAAGCUAGAACCCAUCUCCAUUCUCUACUUAGACAAAGGCGUUGUCACCUAUAAGUUUAAAUAUGAAGGCAUGGCGGUCUCUGAAUGUGGCUGUAGAUAGGAGUCCUGUGGCUUAUUUAAUAACUGUAAAUGUGUAUAUUUGGUGUUCUAUUUAAUGAGACUAUUUAAUGAGGGUGUACAGAUAACAGAGGCUUGCUGCC